AAUUGUCUAAAGGGACAAUGUGAAAUUAAUGAGAAUUUAGAAAUCUAACUCUAAUUUUUUUUUUUUUAUUACAUAGAGGAUAAAAGCCCAAAAAUCUAACGCUAAUUUUGCUGAAUGUGUUCAUGUAGUGAUAGAGAUGAAGGUGGGGACACACAAUGUUGCCAUUGCAUUUUCAAUCAUAUUAUUAUCCAACAUUAAUGUUGUUUUUGGGAUUAGAUUUGUGAUUGAUAGAGAAGAAUGUUUCUCUCAUAAUGUUCAAUAUGAAGGUGAUACAGUUCAUGCUUCAUUUGUUGUGAUUAGCGCUAGUGAUUCAACUUGGCCAUUAACUCAAGAAGGUUUAGACGUUACGGUUAAAGGACCUUCUGGUGAUCAAGUUCGAGAUUUUCGUGGUAAGGUAAGCGAGAAAUUCGAUUUUGUAGCUCGAACUAGAGGACCCUAUCGUUUCUGCUUCACUAACAAGUCACCUUAUCGGGAAAAAAUUGACUUCGAUGUUCAUUCUAACCAUUUUUCAACCUUUGAUCAACAUGCACAAGAUGAGCAUUUUACUCCCUUGAUAGACCAAAUAAUUAAGUUAGAGGAAGCUCUUUUCAACAUUCAGUAUGAACAACAUUGGCUUGAGGCUCAAACAGAACGCCAAGCAAUAGUAAAUAAUGCAAUGAGUUCCAGAGCAAUUCACAAGGCCUUACUUGAAUCAGCAGCACUAAUUGGUGCAAGCACCCUCCAAGUUUAUCUUCUUCGCCGCCUCUUUGAAAGAAAGCUUGGUUUGUAGAAAACUACAAUCAUCUGUAUGUUGAUUUUGAAGCAAAGCUUGUCAAUCCACCAAAUUUUGUUUCCCUUUGUAUGUUAAAUAGUAUUCAUAGAAGUGUUACUUUGUAUUCGCAAUGAAUUUGACAAAAUCACAGUGUCGCCAUGAUUUUGUCAAGUCCAUUGUGAUUCUAAACAUAGCUUAUAUAGUUCUUUUUAGACACAUGAACGUGUAUUUUUGUCUCCCUAUAGUAUGCUGCACAAAAAGCAUUAUUUUUUUUUUAUGCAAAGUUAUGUAAGCAUUAUAUGUAUGGAUAUGUUAAAUUUGUGAAAAUUGUUUUUAUUUGUAUUAAUUAAUGAUGAUUAUAAAUACAAUCUUAUUUUUCAUUUAUUUUUCGUAUUUUUAUGGGAAUAAGGUAUAAUAUAAGUUAGCCUUUAUUAUUAAAACACUUGGUAGCAAAGUUAACUUUUGUAAUUAUUAGUAAAUUAGUAAAAAUGACAAUAUUCUUAAAAUUCAAAGAGAGAAAGGAAAUAAAU